AGAAUGCAACUGCUGUUCCUUUAACAUUAGAGCUAUGCACGUUACAAUAGGUGUCACUGUUUUGCUUGGUCCAAUCAUGAUUGGUGACUUCAGCUAUUGGCUCCGAGCACUGGCUGUCUGACUCCAUCUGCAGGGCUGUAAUACCUACUCUCCUCCGAUCCAUUCACCACACAACUUCAGCCGGCUGAACAGACUCGCAGGGCUCCAGCACAUCUUGCUAACCUAAUUCAGAAAACAAGCGCUACGGCUCUCUCUCUGCCUGUCAUCUUCGCUCAGUCUAGCAUUUUUCAGGUGAUCUAGGAAACUGGGUUAUUUUUAUGAGCAAAUAAGAGAAAUAGGAAUCAUGAUGGAGAUGUAUUUUGCAGACCCAGUACUGGAUAAAACUUAAAGCCAGUUUCUAUUCAACAUAGUGAAAAGGUCACCUUGUCCGGCUGAGAAAAGAAGCAAAAUAGCAGCUUGUUGGUUUCUGUUAACAUCUUGGCUCAUGCCAGCCUCUUUCCCUUGAUGUGUGCACCAGUUUGGGAUAUCUAGCUAUAAAGAGAGACAUACUGUACUCAUGGUAGAUGACAAGGAAAAGAACAUGAAAUGUCUCACCUUCUUCUUGAUGCUUCCAGAGACGGUAAAGAAUAGGUCCAAGAAAAGCUCAAAGAAGACAAAUAGUGGCGGUGGCGGCGGCGGCGGCAGCGGCAGCAGCAGCAGCAACAGCAAGUUGCCCCCAGUUUGUUAUGAAAUAAUUACCUUGAAGACUAAAAAGAAGAAGAAGAUGGCUGCUGAUAUAUUCCCUCGUAAAAAACCAGCCAACUCCAGCAGCACCACUGUCCAGCAGUACCACCAGCAGAAUCUCAGUAACAACAACCUCAUUCCAGCCCCAAACUGGCAGGGUCUCUAUCCCACCAUUAGAGAAAGAAAUGCGGUGAUGUUCAAUAAUGAUUUGAUGGCAGAUGUACAUUUUGUGGUUGGGCCACCAGGUGGGACUCAGCGGUUGCCAGGACACAAAUAUGUUUUAGCUGUUGGGAGCUCUGUGUUCCAUGCAAUGUUUUACGGAGAACUUGCUGAGGACAAAGAUGAAAUCCGUAUACCAGAUGUCGAACCUGCUGCUUUUCUCGCUAUGCUGAAAUAUAUCUAUUGUGAUGAAAUUGACUUGGCUGCUGACACAGUGCUGGCCACUCUUUACGCUGCCAAAAAGUACAUUGUCCCUCACCUCGCCAGAGCCUGCGUUAAUUUCCUGGAGACCAGCCUGAGCGCCAAGAACGCCUGUGUGCUCCUCUCCCAGAGCUGUCUGUUUGAGGAGCCAGACCUGACCCAGCGUUGCUGGGAGGUGAUCGAUGCCCAGGCCGAGUUAGCUCUCAAGUCUGAGGGAUUCUGCGAUAUCGACUUCCAAACUCUAGAAAGUAUCCUCCGCAGGGAAACUCUGAAUGCCAAAGAAAUUGUGGUUUUUGAGGCAGCACUCAACUGGGCCGAAGUGGAAUGCCAGCGACAAGAUCUGGCUCUGAGCAUUGAGAAUAAGCGCAAGGUCCUGGGAAAGGCACUCUACUUGAUCCGCAUCCCCACCAUGGCCCUGGAUGAUUUUGCAAAUGGUGCUGCCCAGUCUGGAGUUCUGACUCUCAAUGAGACCAACGACAUUUUCCUCUGGUACACUGCAGCCAAAAAACCCGAGCUGCAGUUUGUGAGUAAAGCCCGCAAGGGCCUCGUCCCCCAGCGCUGUCACCGUUUCCAGUCCUGUGCCUAUCGGAGCAACCAGUGGCGUUACCGGGGCCGCUGUGACAGCAUCCAGUUUGCGGUUGAUAAGAGAGUGUUCAUUGCCGGCUUUGGGCUCUACGGCUCCAGCUGCGGCUCUGCGGAGUACAGCGCCAAGAUCGAACUCAAGCGGCAGGGCGUCGUUCUGGGGCAGAACUUGAGCAAGUACUUUUCAGACGGCUCCAGCAACACCUUCCCUGUGUGGUUCGAGUACCCAGUGCAGAUUGAGCCAGACACCUUCUACACAGCCAGCGUGAUACUGGACGGCAAUGAACUCAGCUACUUCGGACAGGAAGGCAUGACGGAAGUUCAGUGUGGCAAGGUGACUGUCCAGUUCCAGUGCUCCUCGGAUAGCACCAAUGGCACUGGGGUGCAGGGCGGGCAGAUCCCUGAACUCAUAUUCUAUGCUUGAAAACCCCUCCCGAAGCGGUGUGAGCUCUGAGGUGCACAUCUGGUUCCCACUUGCUUGAUGCUUAGCUCAUCUGCAGAGAUGUGAUCAGCGCAGGUAAUUCGUAAUGAAUGAAGCUAUAGGCAGUUUCUCAUUUCUUUCAGCCUUUUAAUUAUGUACAGGCAAAAAUGCAGCAUUCAGCUUCUAACUAUAUGCUUAAAAGAGCCAAGUUCUUAUCAAGGCUUUGUGAUUUUUAGAGUUAACGUCUAUACACCUGGAGAGAAUUUGUGCUCUUUUCCAACUGCCCCACUGACCUCCCAGUUUUGUCCCUCUUAAAACUUUCUAGAUCACCUUGAAUUUCCUUUAGGGUUUUAUUUUGACAAAUAGAAAUAAAGACUUUGAAAUAAUAA